CGUCGUCUUCGCGCACUUCGCGUUAGAAGAGGUUAUGUGGUGAAGUCUCCCUGCGAAUUUUUCGUGACGAAUUUUUGUGCUCUGCGUUAAAAACAAUCAGCCAAGAUGACGAUUGGCAAAAACAAUAAGAUGCUACAGCAUAUCAACUAUCGAGUUAGGAUCAUCCUACAGGAUUCUAGAACGUUCAUAGGUACAUUCAAGGCUUUCGACAAGCAUAUGAAUCUGAUACUUGGUGACUGCGAAGAGUUCCGCAAGAUCAAGCCAAAGAACACGAAACAGCCGGAAAGAGAAGAGAAGCGCGUGCUGGGCUUUGUGCUUCUGCGCGGCGAGAAUAUUGUUUCGUUGACGGUGGAGGGUCCACCACCUCCCGAAGAGGGACUGCCCAGAGUACCGAUCCCGGGAGCGGCACCAGGGCCAGGUAUGGCUCGCGCUGCUGGUAGAGGUAUGCCAGCGAACGUUGCGGGAGUGCCGGCUGGAUUGCAAGGACCGGUCAGAGGUGUCGGAGGUCCCUCCCAACAGAUCAUGACACCAGGCAGCAGAGGUCAAGUCUCGGCACCACCUCAAAUACAUCCUGGUGGCCCGCCGCGUAUGCCAGUCGGUGGACCGCCACCAGGCAUGAUGGGACCGCCAGCUGGAAUGAUGGGUAUGCCACCCGGAAUGCCGCCUCUAGGACGUGGUGGUCCACCGAUGGGACCACCUGGUAUGAGAGGUCCGCCUCCAGGUUUGAUGCGCGGCGGCCCACCUCGUCCGUACUAGCAAACUGGAUUAUUAAGAGAUAUUUGAUAUAAUAAUAUAAUUAGGGAUAAGAAAUUCUUUUGUAAUAUUAAUAUACUGUACUCUUUAAUCCUCACGAAACUCUUGUGUCAAUGUAUAACAGUUUUAUAAACUCAAGAUUCAUAACAAAUAAUAAAGUCUGCUCAGGUAACAUCCAUUAUUUGUACUUGAAGGAAAUUAAUAUAUUAGUAGUAUUCGAAAACUCGUAACUUGUGCAGGUCUUUCAAUUAAUUAAUCGAUUAAAAAUAAAUUUGUGAUGUUUGACAACGGAUUUUCUACUUUGAGAUGAAUCUUUUCUAAGAGCAAUGUAAUCUUUAGCCCAGCAUAAAGUCUCCUUAGAUAGUGUUCCGACAAACAUAUGUAAUAUUAUUAAAUUCAAAGAUACAACGAACGAUCGAUUUA